AUCUUAGGCGGCCUUACGCUUUCACCAUCACACAUAUGUUCAGUUUAGCAGACGACCUGUGGUGAAGUAGUGUCAGGGUAAUAGGUAAACAAGUAAAUUAUUUGCAACACAUUCAUAUAUCUGUUUACUAGCAUCUUGUGUUCAAACAUUCUAGUUAUUGCGUUCAUUAUUUACUGAUGACCUACAUAACAUUAAAAUUAUAUUCAUUUCUAAAUUUCAUAUUAACUGUGAAACUUCUAUUAGUUCUGACAUAAAUUUCAAAAUUAAAAUUUACUAAAAUAGCCAUGUUUCAAUUAAAACUAUUUUUUUACACAUUUUUUGUUACAUUUUUGUUUAAACCAAUCAUAUCCGAUAACAAUAACACAUUACUAAUCAUAGUAUCUUUCGAUGGUUUCCGAUAUGAUUACAUAGAAAGAAAUUUGACUGACAAUAUUGUUAAUUUAAAAUCUAACAGUUCUUUUGCUCCAUAUAUGAAUAGUGUAUUUCCUACAAAAACAUUUCCAAAUCACUUUUCAAUCGCCACUGGUCUUUAUACUGAAGUGCAUGGUGUGUUAGACAAUAAAGUUUACGAUAGCUCGAACAACAAAUCCUUAGGGUAUGGAUAUGAACUUUUCCAUUACAAUGAUGACAUCGUUCCUUUGUGGAUCCUUAAUGAGAGAGGAGGAGGUGGACGCCGCAGCGGCUGCUCUAUGUGGCCUGGGAGUAAUUUUGAGUACCAGGGCACUCUGCCGUCACACUUCCAACUAUACAACAGUUCAGUUCCUUGGGAGGAUCGGGUAGACACUGUCUUUGGCUGGUUUAAGCAUCCGGACACUCCCAUAAACCUGGCCAUGGUGUACUUUGAACAGCCGGAUGACAUUUGUCACAAGUUCGGCCCCAACUCGCCCGAGAUCAAUACAGAGAUAGCGCGGGUCGACCGGAUUGUGCAGUACAUGAUGCAGAAGGCUGAGGAGACAAAUUUACUGAACAAACUCAACUUUGUAUUCCUCAGUGAUCAUGGAGGCCAGGCCAUCGAAGUGCCGGGGAACCUGAUUAAUUUGGAUAGUUAUAUUAACAAGACGUGGUACAUUCGAGAUGGCGUCCCUCCUUCCCUCCAAAUUUACCCUGUGAAAGGAAAGGAAAUAGAUGUCCUGAAAACGCUCCGAGCAGCAAGGAACGAGAAAGGUGCAAAUUUCACUGCGUACACCCAGGAGCAGAUGUUAGACCGGUGGCAUUAUCGUCACUGCAAACGUACUCCUCCCAUCCUUCUGUUAGCAGACUUAGGCUACCUUUUCCUGCCAGCGGAAAACGAGAAGCAAUAUAAAAUUACAACAUCGGAGAUCGGGACCCACGGGUAUGACCCUGUGUUUUCGACAAUGAGAGCAUUCUUCAUGGCCACUGGCCCGAUGUUCAAGAGGAAUUUCAAAAUAGACCCAUUCGAGAAUAUCAACAUCUACCCUCUGGCUGCUCACAUGUUGGGUUUGCCCCUUCCGUUGAUAGCACCCAACGGCACCCUCUCAACGUUACAGGAUAUUUUGGUUACAAAAACAUCUGCAGCUGAUGAAAAUGCCACCACAUAUAUCGUUGCAGUCAUCGUCAUGAUAAUUGCCUGCAUCGCAACUCUACUUGGGUGGCUCUUCCUCCGCAACUACCUCCAACACAAGGAAAAGUUGCGGAAAUCAUCGAUUGCCUCUUACAAAUCAACAGCGAUGACUGUACAAGAGUCAAUCGAAUAACAGGAUCCUGAACCAAGGUACAGACGAAGAGAGGCUCUACGAGGUCCGGGACACCCAGUCCUCAGAUUGUGACGACGACUGCGACUCUCCCACAUAACAUUGGCUCUAUUACUUCUAGCACUUUGACUAGGCUUAGGUAGCUUUAUAGACAACCUGUUCGUAUGUAUUUGGCUGUGAACUAAAGUAUAUCAAGCAGGGUUUUAUUUAAGUAUGACAAACAAUAGGAGUAUAUUGCUCUGUUCAUGAGGCAACUGCAAGUCAUAAUUUAUUAAAGCACUUCAAAAUAAUGUUUUGAUUUAAAAUACAGUAUAUAUUUAACCCUUAAAUCGUUGAAAACAAUUUGGUCUUGGUUCAAUUAGCUUUAAAUUAGAAAUUUUUAAAAAUGUUUAAAUUAAAUAGAAGAAAAAGUAACAAGAAAACAAAUUUUGUUUAAAAGCUCUACCGGUUUUACACAUGUAUAUGUGGGUGCACAUACGGUCAUAUACGCAUGCUGCACCUCACAUUGUAUGACGAAACAUCAAUAAAAAAAAAUCACUAGUUUUUUACAGGAUGUACAUAUGCUAUCAUUAUAUGGUGCUAUACCUUUUGUAACGUAUAACGAAGGCAAAUGUCCGAAAUCCUGUUAUUUUUUCAAACCUUCCAUCA